AUGGGUUCUUCGUGGAACCUGCCCCUAUAUGAGCAGGUUGUCGCUGCAAUUCGAGACGAAAACCUGGCUCUUGGCGUGAACUGGGUGCUGUCUCCGGAGGUUGACAUUGCCAAAGAUCCCAGGAAUGGCCGUAACAAUGAGAUGUUCGGCGAGGACACGCACUUGGUAUCAGAGUUCGCCACUCGAUACAUCAAAGUCAUGCAGGAGAAAGAUGAUAAUGGCUUUGUCAAGGUCGCUACGACAAUUAAACAUUUUGUCUAUGGUCUGGGUAGUGGCGGCGUCAAUAGGGCGAGCAUGUUUGGCGGCAUAAACCACAUCUUGAAUGAUUUGGGCCUGCCUUACUACAAAGCGAUCAAAGAGGCCGAACCACUAUCUUUGAUGGUGUCUUACUCGACAGUGGACCGUGUUCCUAUGUCUAUCAAUCGGUCCAUGCUGCAAGAUGUACUUCGUGGAAUCUUAGGCUUCAAAGGGCUAAUCAUGUCCGACGCCAACUCCAUCUUAAAUCUUGUCAUAGAGUCGAAAGUCGCUUCCUCGGAGUUGGAUGCUGCGAAAAAGGCUCUCAGUGCGGGACUUCAGCACGAGCUGUCCCCAGGAGGCAAUGGACUGUUCACAACUCUCAUAAAUGCUGUAAAUGACACAAGCGUUACAGCUUUGGUCAAUGACGCCGUUGUGGCUAUCCUUGAGAUCAAGUUUGCCACAGGAGUGUUCGAUCUGCCUUUGCCGACAUUGGAAAAUCUGAACCGCACGUUGCGCAACGAGCGCCACCUUGAGCUGAGCCGGAAUAUGAGUCGGGAAUCAAUCGUCAUGCUCAAAAAUGAGGACAUCCUACCACUCAAAAGAAGCGAGAUAUCAAAGAUUGCCGUCAUUGGCGCAUACGCAGAUAUGGUGAAUGCUGGUAUGUAUGCUGCCUGCAAUGACUCAGAUCCUGCAUAUGGCGAUUCCUUUCGGCGAAGUUUAGCCCGAGAGCUUGGCGACGAGAAUGUCUUGUACGUUCCGGGGGUCACAGCUCUGCCGUCCAACGACUCUUCAGGUAUUCCCGCUGCCGUAGCGGCGGCUCAAGAUGCUGGCAUUGCCUUUGUGGUGCUCGGCUCUGGAUGGGGAAGUUUUGACCCAGCUACCUUCGACAACCGGCGCACUGACGGCGAGGGUUUCGCUCAUGCAGAGCUUGGAUUCCCGGGGCUACAACAGGAGCUCCUUGACGCGGUGCUUGAUACAGGUGUUCCUACAAUUCUGGUUAUAAGCGCCGGUCAGACCUUCGUGCUGAAUGAGUCAACCAUGCGCUCUAAGGCGAUCUUACAUGCGUGGUUGAGCGGUGAAUUCCACGGAGAUGCACUGGUUGAGACCCUUUUCGGAGACGUCAACCCUAGCGGAAAGCUCACUGUUACAAUGCCUCAGGCAAACGGUGCUUUCCCUGUUGCCUAUGAUUAUCUUGCAUCUGACGAUCAAGGCGGAUUUGGCACCGCAAUUUUUAUUUCCCCUCCAGUAAUAGUGCAUACAGAGAAAUGCGGUGGAGGGCUCACCAUCAACGCGACUAUCACCAAUACAGGCACAGUCAGCGGGAAGGAGGUCGUGCAGGUGUAUUACAGGCCCAUCCACAGCAUCAUCGAAUUCCCAGUCAUGAAACUGAUUCGCUUUACAAAAGUCAACCUCAGCCCUGGUGAGUCGAAAGAUGUCACCUUGACCGUACCAUACAACGAAUUGGGGUUCUUUGUUGAUGGCAAAUGGCAUGUCGAGAGCGGAGACUAUGCAUUCUGGGUUGGCAGCAGCUCCAGGGAUGAGGAUCUGCAGCGAUUGAAUGUGACCCUAUCCUAG